AUGGCCCGUCAAAUAUCAGCAGAGGAAUUCCAAGAAUUGGGUCGCAAUUACUACAAACUCAAGCAAUAUGACAAGGCACUAGAGACAUUUACAAAGGGCAUUGAAACCUGUCAAAAGCCUUCUCUCGGCCUGUAUGACUACCGAGCUGCCACUUAUGAUAAGUUGGAAAAGUAUGCCGAAGCCGUCAAGGAUGGACGGGAGAUGAUUAGGAUGAAUAAAAAAGAUGUCAAGGGAUACUUGAGGACAGCGAAUGUGCUGGAGAAGAUGGGAAAGGAAGAAACGGCCCUGGGAAUCUACAAGUAUGGAAUGAAGAAUUUAGGGGCUCAAGAUGGGAAUUUCAAGCUUCUUCAACAAUUACACGACAAACUCACUCGCAAGCUUUCACCAUCAGCAGCCAUCGACCCCUUUACCGUCUUACCCGUAGAGCUGGCGGAAAUGAUCCUUGAGUAUCUCUCUUUCCGCCAAAUGGUCAACUGCAUGCGUGUCAGCAAAGGCUGGCGCGACUACCUGUCCAAACUACCCAAACUAUGGCUGCAUCUCGAUCUAUCGGGCGCGCGCCGUCCCGUCCCCCGUUCCUUUGCCAACACGGCCCUGAGGAACUCAGAGCUGCGCAUGACGCGCGUUACCAUCCACCGCUUCGAGCACAUGGAUGUACUCCGGAACCUGGCAAAAGCCGCCAAACACCUUUCGGAAAUCGAAAUGCUAUCGCUGCCGCACACCAUGUCGGCAACGCUAAUCAACGUGGUCAAGAACAGUCCUAAACUGAAAAAGUUUGUCGUACAUGCGGAAAUCACGGCGGAUAGCGUAGAGCACAUUUUUCAAUCGCAGCCCGCAUUGGAACAUGCGGCUUUCCAUGCAAUCUUGCCCCCCGCGUACACUAUGAAGUGGACCGAGACGCUUACUCAUCUCCACACGCUCAGCCUGUCCUUUGUCAAGACGGCCAGUGAGAUGCCCAUAGGGAUAGCCAAGCUUCUCAGUCUGGCCCCUGCGCUUCGAUCCCUCUCGCUCUGCAACAUAAGUGCCUUCCACGGAUUUGGAGGCCGAGGCUGGCCACAGGACGCAUCUCAACUCCCACGACUCACGACGCUCAUUUUGAAACGUAUAAACUUUGGCCGGUUUCCCGCACUACCAAGCACACUGCAGCGUCUCGUGCUUGAAAACGACGGCGGCACACUAACGCGCGAGGGAAGCGAUGCUGCGUGGGCGCACACGCCUUUGCCCGACCUCACACACCUGUCGCUAUCUGGGUUUUCGAUAGGCCCACAGAGACUCGAGGCGCUGCUGGAUUUCUACGUUGAAGAUGACGGCACUCUCAAGACCGUAUCUGAUGGGCCUGACAGCCUCUUGGGUUGCUCCCCGCGUCUUCUCACGCCUGCUCUGGAGUUCUUGGAUAUCGGCACCAUGCCGUGUACCGACGAUGAUGUCGACCACCUUGUUACGCAUGAAACGGGUCUCGAGAUUAUUGAUCUGUCGAAUACGAACAUCACGGGUGCGUCUAUAAAGAUGCUGGCGGAUAGACUAGCCUCGCUCAAGCGCAUCAGGGCAGACAAUUGCACGCGGAUCAGUGGUCGCGAUGCAAUAGGUUAUGCGGAGCGGAAGGGCAUCGCUGUGAGUUAUCAGAUGGGUGAGCAGAAAGGUGAGCGCAGGGUUCGAUAUGGCUAG